AUGAGCUCGGAGACCACCGCCAAGUCCAUCAGCAACACAGCGCUCGCGUGCUUGUUCGACGCGCACUCGCUUCGAUGGCGGCUCGUGAAACUCGGACACGGAGGGCCAGACAGCAGCGCUGACAGCCAGCCAACCUGCACGUCGCGCAGCACGUUCCGUGAUGACCGCUUGGAAGAGCCGUGCUGCCCGUCGCGGGCGAUGCUGUGGACCACGGACGACCCGCCGCGCCUUGACACGGACGAUCCGCCGGGCCUUGAGACGUGCGAAUCGGCGCGCUUUGCGACGGAAGACCCACCACGCGUUGGGACCUGGGCGAGAGGUCCUGACGCUCACUCGCCCUCCGACUUGGCACCUCCGUCCUCGCCACCACCGCCUGCACUCGCAGGCGUAGCCGAGGCAGAUGUGGGAGCAGCAGCAACAGCAGCAACAGCAGCAACAGCAGCAACAGCAGCAACAGCAGCAACAGCAGCAACAGCAGCAACAGCAGCAACAGCAGCAACAGCAGCAGGAGCAGCAGCAGCAACAGCAACAGCGUCGGUAGCAGAGAGGCGGCAUGCAGCGCGAUUCCUCAGCGGCGAGCUGAUGGGCAUGGAGCAGCUGGGGCGCCUGACUCGCCGCACCUACUACCUCUGCAGCUUUGGCUGCUCCGGCCACGAUUCCGAAUCCUCCCUCUCCACCGACGAACGCCUGGAGAUCCGCCCCCUUCCGCUCCCCGCUGCCUUGCACACGCGUCUCCAGCAGCUGCUGUCGCGACACCCGCAGCACGUGGGCGCGCUUCACAUGCCCGUGACUCUCGAUCACUCCUCUCACCAGGCGUGGCAGCUUUCGGAAAUGAUGGGCUUGGCGCGCUCAUGCGUGAACCUGCGGUCGCUGCACCUUGUCUCUGAGCCGCCGAGACACGCCUCGUGCCCAUUUCACGAAGAACUGGCAAAGCCGAGGGAUUGGGGAUGGAAGAAGCACACUCAGACGGAGCAGAUGAGGCAGCUUGUAACGAGUUGUCCGCAGCUACGCUCACUGCACUUCAUCCUCUGUAGCAACAACUACCUCACAAUGAGUGAAGAAGUAGCUGCCUUGCUCUCCCGUCUCGCCCACCUCUCCCUGCCUCUCUCCGACCUCCCGCCUUACCUCCUUCCCCACCUCUCCUUCCUCCGCUCCCUCCGCCUCUCCCUCUCUGCUCCCCACCAUCCCCUCCUCCUCUCCGAUCGCCCCUUCCACUCUCUCUCCCGCCUCUCCCUCCUCCACCUCUCCCUUGGAACCCCCACCACCGGCCUUUCCGAGCCUCUCUCGCCGGACCUGUUUGCUGGGCUCGGACCGAGCCUGCGGUCCUUGACGUUCCUAGUGUGUGCGAAGAAGAAAGCAGGGUGGAGGAAAAGGCGCGGUGAGAGGGCGGAAGGAGGAGGGGAUGGGGAGGAGGAAGAGGGGGAGGGGUCAGUGGAGGAUGGGUGGGGAGGGGAGGACUCGGUGGUGGGGUGGCUGCCUGCCUCGCUGUGGUCGCUCACGCGCCUGCAGCAGCUCACCACCAACGUGGGAGGCGAGUGGCACUGCACGGGCCUCAACGCCCUCUUCUCCCCCCACGCCUCCCUCCCUCUCGAUCUCUCGUCUUCCUGCUGCUGCUCCUCCUCCUCCAGCAGCAACAAUUCGACACCCCCUCAUCAGCGCCACCAUCAGUGCCUAGCCGCUCUCUCUAACCUGACCUCUCUCUCCCUCCUCGCUCACCGCACCUUCCCUCCCUGCCUCUACUCCCUCUCCUCCCUCACUCUCCUCUCUAUCCCCCUCGCCUCCCCUCUCCUCUCCCCCACUUCUCUCGCCCUCUUCACCCACUGGCCCCGUUUGUCUCAUCUGCACGUCAAUGGUGAGGGGCCCGCCGAACCUACCUGCUGCCACACCUUAACUGCAAGUGGUCGCUCCGAACCUGCAACUGGUCACACAGAACCUCGUUUAUGCCCCGAAGCAACCCCGUCGUCAGCCUCCCUUCGCCACGUCACUCUCACGGGGACAGCUGGCGUCAUCCCAUUGGCGAUGUGGGGACGGCUGUGCCCUCAGCUGCAGUCGCUCAAAAUCCAUGGCUCGCCCCUCGUGGCCGUGCAAGGAUGGGGGGGGGCUUCGGGGGAGGCACUGGCGGAGUUGAAUGGGGAGGGCGCAUAUGGCGCAUGUGGUGCGGCAGAGACGGCAGCUGCGUGCUUGUUUCCUUUCCUUGAGGAGCUUGUGCUGCAGAAUGUGAGCCGCCAUGCGGGUUCCCACACAGAACAAGGGCACAUAGCAGCAGGUCAUGCAGGUCCGCAGCAGCAGCAGCAACAGCAGCAGACUCUCGCAUGGAUGGGCCUGCUGCCGCGCCUGACCCACUUGGCCAUCCAUGACACCCGAUGGCCUUCCCAUCCCCAAAUGCACGCAACCACCAUCCUGCCGCACCUCCUCCCCAACCUCACCUUCCUGCGGAUCCACUCCCCCCCACGUGCCCCCCUGCCCGUGCUGCCCCACCUGCGCACGCUCAUAGUGGGGUCCUACCCGCACUCCUCGCGCUUCCUCGCGUCGCUCGCCCUCUUCCCCGCCCUCACUGCCCUCCGCAUCUUCAACCUCUCCAUGCACAACUACCACUCCGCCCUCUCCUGCCCUCCCCACCUCACAUCGCUCCAAAUCUGCCACUCCCACACUCCCCUCCUCCCCGACUGCCUCCGCCUCUUCUCCUCCCUCACUCGCCUCCACCUCUUCCAGUGUACCCCGCUCCGCGCCCUCCCCUCCUUCCUCUCCUCCUUCUCCUCCCUCACCCACUUCUCCUUCAACCGUGGCUACUACCCUGUUGUGAUCCCCGUGGGGCUUGAAGGGUACCUGCAGGGGAGAGAGUGGGCGCGAGAGCAGGAGGAGGAGGGGAAGUGGAAGAGGCGAGGGAAGGAGCACCAAGGGAGGAGGCCGAAGACACCGUACGAAAUUGAGGAGGAGAGGAGGAGGAACACGAGACUGCAGAGUGUGUUUGAGGGAUCGGUGUUGAGUGAGGCGGAGAAGGAGGAGCAGAGGAAGUGGUGGCGGCAGGUGGGGAGGAAAGAGGAGGAGCAGUGGGAGUGGAGGUGGAGAGGAGAGGAUGGGGACAAGCAGCAUGAGGCAGAGCAGGGACGGGAGGUGGUGCAAGGGGUACAGGAGGUGAAGGAGAGCGCCUCACGCAAAGAUGCGAGUGACAGCUAUCAUGACUCGCUGUUGAUACCAGAGGAGGUGGCAGCAGAGAUGUUACAGCAUGGGCGGAACAGCAGCACCAGCACUCCCAGAAGCAGCAGUGCCGACAGCAAUCAGCUGGUGCAGCUGCUACCGCCGGAGGUGCUACAAGGCGUGUUGCAGCGGGUGCAGAGUCCUGUGGAGCAGGCGAGAGUGAGACUGGUACUGACAGCAGCAGCAGGUGUCAACGGUUCUCCUCUCUUCUCCUCCUCGUGGCUCCCCUCCGACUCUCCCUUCUGGGUCAUCCACUCCUCCCCCACCUGUCCCUUCUCCCUGCUCCCCUCCUCCCACCCUACCUUCACCCUCCCCCUUCCCAUCAUCCCCUCCUCCCUCUCCACCUGCUUCACCCACCAUCUAACCUCCUGGCGACCCCUCUCCCCCAUCUGGUUUGCCUCGCUCCCCUCCCCCUCCUCCCUCGCCCACACCCUCGCCCGAUACCCCAACCUCGCUACGCUCGCCCUUCCCCUCGUCUCCACCACGGCCUGCCCCCUCCGCCCCUCCCAUCUGCGCUCGCUGCUCGCUGCUGCUGCCGCUCUCCCAGCUCUCACCUCCCUCUCCUUGCUUCUGGAGCCCGGCUUCUCAGCCAACUGCGAGUGGGGCUAUGGGCGGGAGGGCUGGUUCAAGGCUGCUGGGAUGGAUCGGAAGGUGCGGCGAUGGUGGGGGGAGGCGAACCAGGAGAUGGAGAGGGGGCUGUUUGCCGUGCUGAAGAGAUGCCGGGGACUCAAGCAGCUGCACCUUCAAGGGGAGACCCUCACAGACCGCCUCAAACUCCCCGACUCUCUCUUCCUGCGCUGCCCGCAACUCACCGCUCUCUCCCUCCCUCUCUCCCGCCUCCCCUCCUCCCUCCUCCUCCUCUCGCGCCUCACCUCCCUCGCCCUCGCCCUCCCAGCAGACCCCAUGCCGCCCCGCCUCUCCCUCCCCUCCCCCUUCGCCCUCCUCCGCUCCCUCCGCUUGCUCUCCCUGCACGUGCCAAGCACCCUCAGCCGCUACUACCACCCUGAGGACGGCAGCAGCUGGAGCAGCGUCUCUGGCGACCUGCUGCUGGGUCUGCCCUCCUGCCUCUCCGCCCUCUCUCUGCACCUCCCCACCUCCACCAUGCCCUCUUCCUUCUCCUGUCUCACUUCCCUGACUCGCCUCGACACCAACCUCUGGAUUCCGGGACUUGAUGAAGCGGAGGAAGGGGUGUUAGCGGAGGAGGAAGCGGAUGAGGAGGUAGGGGAGGUUGCAGCAGAGGAAGGAAGCAACGAGGAGGAGGAGGACGUUAUCAACGGGCUUCCUGAUGCACGCGUUGCUUCUGAAAUGAUUGAAGAGAGACUGCUGCCGCUCUGCAACCUCACCUCCCUCUCUCUCUCCCACUGCCUAUUCUUCCCCCCUCUCAUUCGCCAUCUCACCCGCCUCACAUCGCUCGCCCUCCCAUCCCUCCACCUCGCACAAGGCUCCGGAGUCAACAACACCGCUCCCUGCUCUCUCCGCCACGGCCUCUCUCGCCUCACUCGCCUGCAGGACCUCUUCCUCGGUUGUGACAACGGAGCCUGCCUGCCCCGUCUGCUCCGCCUGCGUCGCCUGCGCGUGCAAUGCCCCGAUACAACUGUGCACGUCGCUUGGCUCAUCGCACACGUGGCACCAUCCCUGGAGCAGCUUGACAUAAGAGCCGACUACCUCAAUUACACCUCGGCAGAUCUUUGCACGGAUAGCUGGUGCAGAAACGGCGACGAAUGGAGGGCGCCUGUGUUUCACAAGCUCAAGGUGCUGCAGCUGGUGACGUCAGGCCCCGCUUCCAAUGUCGACAUGUCGCUCUUCCCUGCCCUGGAGCACAUGGCUCUCUCUGGCAGCCGGUAUGUGGCCUGGAAGGUGGAGAGUGGCUUCUCUGCCAACCUCCGCUUCCUGCACUUGGACCGUGCAAAGCUAUCGGGAUAUGACAGUGACCGUCACCUGACGCAGCUGACGGCGCUCACCACUCUGGUGGUGGACAAUGCUGACUGCCGGGACUUCCUUGCAUGUCUCUCCUGCUUCUCCUCCCUGCACACCCUCCGCCUCUCCAACAUCACCAGAGGCUGCUCCCAGCCCUAUCUCACGUGCCCGCCUCGCCUCGCCACGCUUCAGAUCUGCCGCUGCGACCUGCCGCACCUCCCAUCCUCACUGGUGAAAUUCUCCCGCCUCACUCGUCUCGACCUCCUCCACUGGCGCCGCUUGCACUCUCUCCCGCCUUUCCUCUCCGCCUUCACAUCGCUCCGCCACUUCAGAGUCACCUCCGAUGGCCCCAUGCCCCACGUGCCCCCUUGCCUGAAUGACCUUCUCAAGGGCAGGAAAUGGUAUGAGCAUUCGCCUUGUGAUGGGAGCUUUGAGAGUUGA